AUGGAAUUAUAUCAGAUUAUUGAAGUGAACGAACCGCAGCAAUAUUUGAUGCUGAAUGCCUGGAUUGUAGAGCGGUGGUACGAUAAGCUGUUACGAUGGAAUCCACGGGAUUUCGGCAACGUAUCCGAGAUUAUGGUCCCCCAUCAUCGUAUCUGGCUUCCAGACACCACCCUCUACAACAGCCUGGUUAUGGAGGACCGGGAUACGCGACGUCUUCUAAAUGCCAAACUGACCACCGGGCCAAAAGGCGCCUACAUUGAGCUCCUAUAUCCAACCAUAUACAAACUGAGUUGCAACCUGGAUUUGAGAUUUUUCCCUUUCGACAUCCAAGUAUGCAAGCUAAUAUUUGGCAGUUGGACAUUCGAUAAUACCUAUAUUGACUAUCAUCCCUAUAAUGCCCAAUUGGCCAUCGUUACCAGAAGGGUGGAAAAAUAUGCUUGUUGUCCGAAUAAUUAUACCCUACUCGAUUUCUACCUUCAUAUACAACGGAAACCACUCUAUUACGUUAUAAACUUGAUUACUCCAACGUCUAUUAUUACGAUUAUAUCGAUUGUGGGAUUUUUCAGUUGCUCGUCAAUUAAUGAAUUACGCGAGGAAAAGAUUUCGUUGGGGAUCACGACCUUAUUAUCAAUGUCAAUUUUGAUAUUUAUGGUCUCGGACAAGAUGCCGUCUACUUCAUCGUUUAUACCCUUGAUUGGCUGGUUCUACACGUGGAAUAUUGGGAAACCGCCGAGGAAUGAAGUGAUGCGAUACGCGAGAGUUGUCGGGAGAUUCGUCCGGAUGGAACUUCCGCUUUUAAUGCGUCAAGCCUACGCACAGAAGGCACGAGAAGAUCGUCUCCGGAAGACGCAACGUGCCCGUAAAGAGACAAUGUGGCAGAAAGAUUCUGACACCCAA